AUGAUUGGCAGCAACAGAAGCAGCAUUGGCAGUCCAGAAAUGCCGACGAUUGCAUCGAACGGUGUAAAACCGUUCAUCAUAAGUAACGGCCGCACCGGUGGGAAGGGAGUUUCUGUUGGAACUACCCGAGGUGCUAUCAGUGUUAACAACGGCGACGAUGGUAGUGCGGCAACGGUGGCGGCUGUUGCCGCAGCGGAGGCGGCAGUAGUUCGACGAUCAACCAUACCUAGCGUGGUUUCUUCGAAAGAGAUGACUGUAUCGUCCAGCUCCUCGAAGGUACAUCGAAAAGUGCUCCGAUUUCCGUCAAAGCGGUACUCGGGGAAGGUGUUACCGGGCAAGCUGGCCUCGGUCAGUAACAAGUUCACGGCGGUGUCCAAUCGUGCCAAUCAGCUAUCGCGUAAACAGACGCUAAGCGUGAGGACUCCACCAUCAGUCAACUGUGAUACAAAGCCAAACGGAGCCCUUAUGUCGGCGUUCGAUCACCCAGUUCCAGGUGGUACUGUCAACAACAGCGCUAAGCUAACACUGCCUACAACGGGCUCCUCUCCGGUGAGUGACUUGUCUGCAGCUUCAUCCGCAUCCUCUGUCGCCUCAGUGGCUCCCUCAGUCGUCGUUCCGCCUACCAUUAUCGCCAAUAGCAACUCCUCCUCUAGCUCCGGCAAUAAUAGCAACAGUAGUUCUUCCAAUGCAUCCAGCGUCACCCAUCAGUCCACUACUAUCUCUCCAGCAUCUUCAUCACCAGCAGGAGUGUUAUCCACUGCCGCUGGAAUCACUUCGUUAACAGGCACUUCCAAUCGAGAUGGCAAGGUACAGCUCCAGAUUGUAACCCAACCAGAGCAGCAGCACCGGGCUCGCUAUCAAACCGAAGGUUCCCGUGGUGCCGUAAAGGACCGCAGCGGUAACGGAUUUCCGGUGGUGAGGCUAGUCGGCUACAGUAAGCCCACGGUUCUUCAAGUGUUCAUCGGGACCGAUGUAGGUCGGCCGGCACCGCAUAUAUUUUAUCAAGCAUGCCGGGUCGCGGGCAAAAACUCCACAGCGUGCAUCGAACGCAAGCUCGAUGGGACGACGGUCAUCGAACUGCAACUGAAGCCAGAAAAUGGAAUGUUGGUCACGUGUGAUUGCGUCGGCAUCCUGAAGGAACGGAAUGUCGACGUCGAGCAUCGGUUUCCUGACCAGAUCACGUCGCGAACGAAGAAAAAGUCCACUCGUUGCCGGAUGGUUUUUCGAACCGUGCUGAACGCUGACGAUGGCCGCAGUGAGAUACUCCAGGUCGCCUCUCAGCCUAUUGUUUGUACACAACCUCCAGGCGUACCUGAGAUCUGUAAAAGAUCCUUUGCCAACUGUACGGUUACGGGGGGUGAAGAGUUGUACAUUCUUGGAAAAAACUUCCUCAAAGAUACACGCGUCGUGUUUCAACGUCGUAAAGCGCUCGGAGUUACUCCAUGGGAGCAAUCAAUCGUACCGAACAAGGAAUAUAUGCAACCCGCCCAUUUGGUUUGCGUAGUGCCACCAUAUGAUCAGCAAGAAAUCUUGGAACCAGCUUUGGUGAAGAUGUAUAUCGUGUCGGGCGGCAGGAAAAGUGAGGUGCACGAUUUCGUUUAUCUCCCUAAGGGAAUGUGCGCCUGCAACAUACGUCAGCAGCACCGCGGUGGCGUUCUGUCCUUGGCGAAGCUCCAACAACCCCGCCAACAGCAGCAUGAACAACAACAGCGACAAAAUCAACAUAACUAUUUUGGCAUGCUAGCAGCUGCUGUCGAAGGACCAACCGCGAAUCGUCAUUUCGCCCUCAGUAGCAACGAAGUUAAGUACGAGGAGGAAAGCAACCAUGAACUGCAAGCAAUGUAUAUGCGUAAUACAUCGACAUCAAUGUACAUUGAGGAAGGUAUGAUGCUACCACCGAUCAACAUUCUACCCCCCGUAGCGCCUGUUGUCGGAGCCGGUUUAAGACGGCCUUCAGCAGCAGAUCAGCAACAACAGCAACAGCAAAUGUCCUCCUUCACGGGCUCCUCACCGCAGAGUUUUAAGCCGGAACUGCCAGAUGAGUGCAGUCAAGGUUCGCUGGAAGACAAUUCACUAGAUCAGUUUCCCGGCUCGACCGACAACGCACAUGAUGAUCAAGCUGUUGGAAGUCAAUUGAGUACGAUCCUUUACCGGCGCCGUAGUGUUAGACAGCCGAGCAUGGACUGCACUGAAGACAGUUCCUCGAACAUAUCAUUCUUGACCCCCGAAACACACUUGCUAGAAAUGAGUGGUGGUGGCGGCGGAGGUGGGUUGCUUUCACUGGUCGACCAGAUGGAUGGGGUUGUGUUUGGCUCCAUGUCGUUAUGCCCUCCGCUUACAAAUGCCUUAAUGGACACCAACGAUCAGCUCGGUAGCCAAAUGCGAGCAACAAAUAAUUCAAAACCGGUACUUGAGUGCGAUUUAAAAUCGAUCAGCAUUAAAUCUGAACAUCAGCAGCAGCAGGAGCAGCGGCAGCAGCAGGAGCAGGAGCAGGAGCAGCAGCAGCAGCAGCAGCAGCAGCAGCAGCAGCAGCAGCAGCAGGAGCAGCAGCAGGAGCAGCAGCAGGAACAGCAGCGACAGCAGCACGAGCAGCAGCAGCAGCAGGAGCAGCAGAAGCAGCAAGUUCAGCAGCAGCAGAGUGGCGGUUUACUAGAUCUACCCAGUCUCACGAUUUCAAAUGACGGAGAUUCAGUGAUAGGUUCAAUUUUGCACCAUACCCAUGAUGUAUUGCUGCAGCAGCAGCAACAACAACAGCAGCAGGUCACUGCUAAUGCAGUGGACGUGGCAAUUGCAGCAGCAGCGGCCGCUCAGUUGUUGCCGCCGGGUGUACCAAUUGUUUCCAUGGAACAGUCGUCUGUUUGCGAAAUGGCGACAGCCGUAAACGUUGCCAAUACUGCUAUUCUUGUACGCAACGAAGAUGCAAAGAAAGCUGUACAGGACUUCAUAUUGAAUGCGGCAGCCGAAAUACUCACUGCUCAAGAAAACUCACUCGCUACGCAAAAAACGAUAGACACUUUAAUAUCGAUGAGUACGCCAGAGUUGGUAAACGUUGGCACAACCUGUCCACCGGCACUCCAAGCUGUUGGAUCACAUUUCGCUACUCCAACAAUGGAUAAACAACAACAAGAACAUCAGCAACAAAUGCAACAACAGCAAUUGCACGAGCAACAACAGUUGCGUGAGCAGCAACAGCGACACUGUGGUGUCUUCAAUUCGAUUCUUAACGAAUUAAAUCACCACAGUCCUCACCAACAGACCACUGACCUCAUGCUCCUUCAACAACAGCAGCAUCAACAGCAACAUCAGCAACAUCAGCAACGCAUUGAUCAACACGUACAACAGCAACAGGAAGCAGUGUCUCAUGCUCAGACACAGCAAGUAGUUGCACAAUCACUGGCCACAGUUCAACCGUUGCCGGAAAAAAUGGAAAUCGGAGUGCCACUUACAUCUAAUCAAUCAGUGCUGCAAACACACCCUCAACAGUUACCUUUGCAGCAACCGAUGGACACGUCUGCUGCACCUGUCACCAUGAGCUCAGCGAAUAUUGAUGAUGCUAUCCGCGAUGAUGCGUUGGGAGCGCUAGGUGCUUCAAAUCAAUCCGUCGUCGAUCAAUCGCUUGUCGAUGAAUCGCGUGAUCUCACGGGAAUGACCGAUAACGAGUUGAUACAUUUCAUCUGUCCGAACGCGUUUGAUUCGAUGUAACGUUUCGUCCAAGUAAAUCUCCAACGGUGGAAUGUAAACAGCAAACAGACACAGCAACUGUUCAUAUUAGCUUCGAAUAUGUACGAUGGUGAAAAAUGAUAAAAAUCUAUCACUGAACGAAUUAGAACAAUCGCAACUUCGGAGAAAUGUUUGUUUCCAUUAAUGUUAAGACAGCUAAAAGCAGGUUCUUUGUAGUGACUAAACCUUAUUUGUAUGGAUUUGUUAUUUGGAACAACGUUUUAGAUAUUGCAAUGUUUUCGUAUGUGCAAUCAGGUGAAAAUGCUUGUUAUUUUUAAUUAAUCUGAUGAGGAACAAAAAUAAAAGUGCAUUGAAAAAUAAAUUACAAGAAAUAGAAAUUCAUACAACAUUUUUGGGAUACAGAGAAGGGUACAAACAAAAAAAUUAUAAAAGAAAAGAUGAUGUUAUUAACAAAGAAAGAGAGAAUUUGUUCAAAGUAUGUAGUUGAGAAAUUUUUAAAAUACAACUUCUAUGCAAAACCAACUAAUAACUUCCAUGAUCCAAUAACUGAAUACAUACCCCACUUAAAAGAAUCGAUUGAUCAGUAAAUAAGCGUGGUUAGCUGUAGGUAAAGAAUCGCGAAUAUUGUUCGGAGGUCGGUCCUCUUAGGUGUUGAGGGACGCCUACAGAAUUUAUGUUCAUUUUCAGUUUUGUUUUACGUUUUCUUUUUCUCUCUUCCCUUUUUAUAUUCAUCGUGUCUUCAAAUGGCUUAAAAAUAUGAGCUUUCAUCAUUCCAAGCUCGUUAGCUCCGCAAGUAAUUAGUAUUUCAUAAUUUUAGGUCUUGAUAUUUCAAAAGCUUUUUUCAAUGUAAACUUAAGAGAACAAGGAAAGUGGAAGAAUUCAGCUUACUGUAUAAAUAGAAUCAUUUCAAAAGAAUAUAAAGAUCCAUUUGCCGGGGCACAAUUGAUCAUGUAUUAUUAGGAAAAAACAGGAAGUAGAUACAAAGAAAAUGCAAAAGUAGUAAUUCAGGCUGCCAUAUUCUACCUUAAAUCAUCAUGUCAAUCAUUGAAUGGAGAAGUAUCAUAUCAAAAGUACAUCUUCUGUACCAUACAAGUAAAUGAAAAGAUCUACCAGUAUGCAGGCAGGUUUGAAUAAGUAUGUGAAACAUGUUUAGUGUGAAGGCGAAAUAUGAGGAGUAGAAGGAAAGAUGAGGAACGAUAAUGGCGAAAAGGGUCCAAAUAACAUGUUAAAAUUUAUGUUUUAGUAAACUAGUACACUUAAAAUAAAAGGUGAUGCGGAAGAAUCAGGAUGAAAAAGAUGAAUGUACGAUGAGGAAAUGAAAUGUCAGAGUGAUUCAUAAACAGCAUUGCAUGUUGGUAUAAGUGAAAAUCAAUGGAUUUUUUUUAUAUAUUUGAUUUGUUAUACAACAAAGCUUUAAAUACUAAUUGCAUAUGAAGCACCGGAAAAGAAGUAAAUCAGACAAAUAUGGUAGUACGAUCUCUGAUGAGCAAAAUAAGAAAGAGCAAAAUUGUUAUGAGACGUUGUAGCCAAGUGAUCAAAAUGUUAGUCAAAACAGACAACUGAAGAAGAGUACAAAGCAAAUUGGAACCUAGAGGAAAUGUGAAAAUGUUUUUUAACACUGAACAUGUCAGUAUGUUAGCAUGAGGAAGCAUCACGUCUCCGUAUUAUUUCUUUGUUUGUUUAUAAUACUUUAAAUUAGAAGGUUAAAAUCGUGUUUAUGACACAGUUCAAAUGCUUUCGAAAAAUUGUCAAAAGAAACCAAGAUAUAUAGGACUGUGCAAAGGCCCAGAUUUAGAUGAGUUUGGAAAUGUUUUUAUGCUUUAGCUCCCGUUUGCACCCAUUUACAUGUUUGUUUUCCAUAGUGAUUCCUGUCGCGCAGCGUGAAUUGGAAAAUAAAAUUGUUCGUGUUGUUCAAGUUUUACACGUUUUUAGUAGGAAGUAGAAAGCUAGUGCUUAUUUUAGUUACAUGGUUGUUUCUCAUUUUGUUCUUUUUUUUAUUUAGUGCGAUUACUUUAAGGUGAAAUUAUGCUUGCGCCAUACUUGGUGAUACAUGCAAUGUAAAAGUUUAAUUGGUAGUUAAGUUCCAACAAGUUAUUUCAGCAUUGAUUUGUUAAUGCACUGGUUAACUUAGCAUAGCGGUUAUUUUCGCACUGUUUAGAAUACUUUAAUUUAUUUAUAGGGAAGACUAGUUUCCCGUAGAAUAGAUUUAAAAAAAUGGAAAACCUAAUGAAGUAUCUACCCUUAUCUGUGUCACUGUUUGAAGAAGGUUCUUUAAAAUAUAUGCAUCGUUUGUACAAUUGACACAUAAUGCUGCGCGUUCAUUGCCCAUAUUAGAUAAAAAGAAUGGAAAUGGUAAAAAUUGUUUAAGAGAAGUCAUAUUAUAAUGUGUGCUCGAAAUCAAAGCAUUCAUAGAAUGUAAGGGGACGUUCAAAUGCAAAAGAUAUGCAAGAGAUGACACAAAAUAUUGCUCUUUCAUAAAAUUCUUAUGAUAUUGCUCUAAUCGUUAUGUAUCAGACACAGUCACAGUGUGUCAAAGCACCAAAAUGUGCUUUAGCUAAGACGAAACGGCCGAGAAAAUAAGCUUUUAUAAAAGUGUCAUUGUCAUUUAUGUAGUUGUUGUAGCAUUUAUUGUAAACCAUCAUUACUACUAUCGUUACCAUUUCAGGAAUAAACCAAACUGUUUACAAUUAUA